CUAGGCCGCGCCCGCCCGACUCCAAGAUGUCGGCGCUGAGGCCUGGCAACGGGGCUCCCGGAGGGAGGCGGUGAAGCGGCCUCGGCCGGAGGCUUUGGGCCCCACCGCUCCGGCUCGUCCCCUCCCUCCCGGAGCCGGCGGGGUGCUCGGCCUCUGCCCCCCAGCCAUGGCCGCGGAAAGCAGCAAGCAGUUCUGGAAGCGGAGCGCGAAGCUGCCGGGCAGCAUUCAACCUGUCUAUGGAGCUCAGCAUCCUCCACUGGAUCCCCGGCUUACUAAAAACUUCAUCAAGGAACGGUCAAAGAUCAGCGCACUACCCAUGAAGAAUAAGAAGGCCAGCAGUUUUCACGAGUUUGCCCGCGACACUAGUGACGCCUGGGACAUUGGGGACGAUGAAGAUGAGGACUUCCCAUCUUUCCAGACUUUGAACUCUAAGGUGGCCAAGGCCACAGCAGCCCAGGUGCUGGAGAACCACAGCAGGCUGCGUGUGAAACCCGAGUGGCCCCAGGUGGCUCUGAGUGAAGCACCAACCAAUUGUAAGGUCAUCAAGUCCAAUAGUGAGGCCCAGCUGUCCAGAGCACCUGAGGAUGCCUGUGUGCGCAACCCCCUCCACAAACAGCAAUCCCUCCCACUCCGACCCAUCAUUCCGCUUGUUGCUCGCAUCUCUGACCAAAACGCUUCAGGGGCUCCUCCCAUGACGGUGCGUGAGAAAACUCGUUUGGAGAAGUUCCGGCAGCUUCUGUCUAGCCACAACACAGAUCUAGAUGAAUUGAGGAAAUGCAGCUGGCCUGGGGUCCCCAGAGAGGUCCGGCCUGUGACGUGGCGACUUCUAUCAGGUUACCUCCCUGCCAGCAUGGAGCGGAGGAAGCUGACUUUGCAGCGCAAACGAGAAGAGUAUUUUGGUUUCAUUGAGCAGUAUUACGACUCCAGAAAUGAGGAGCACCAUCAAGAUACAUACCGGCAGAUCCAUAUAGACAUUCCACGGACGAACCCCCUCAUCCCUCUGUUCCAGCAGCCACUAGUACAGGAGAUCUUUGAACGAAUCCUGUUUAUCUGGGCGAUCCGACACCCAGCCAGCGGCUACGUGCAGGGGAUUAAUGACCUGGUCACUCCAUUUUUUGUCGUGUUCCUCUCUGAAUAUGUUGAAGAAGACGUGGAAAAUUUUGAUGUAACAAACCUGUCUCAGGAUGUGAUGCGGAGCAUUGAAGCAGACAGCUUUUGGUGUAUGAGCAAACUGCUAGAUGGGAUACAGGACAAUUACACGUUUGCACAGCCGGGGAUCCAAAAAAAAGUCAAAGCACUGGAGGAACUUGUCAGCCGUAUCGAUGAGCAGGUACACAAUCACUUUAGGAAGUAUGAAGUGGAAUACCUGCAGUUCGCCUUCCGCUGGAUGAACAAUUUACUGAUGCGGGAGCUUCCUCUUCGCUGCACCAUCCGCCUUUGGGACACUUACCAGUCUGAGCCAGAGGGAUUCUCUCAUUUCCAUUUAUAUGUCUGCGCUGCAUUCUUGAUUAAGUGGAGGAAAGAGAUCUUGGAUGAAGAGGACUUCCAGGGCCUUCUAAUGUUGCUACAAAACCUUCCCACGAUACACUGGGGCAACGAAGAGGUUGGACUCCUCCUCGCCGAAGCCUACAGACUCAAGUACAUGUUUGCAGAUGCGCCCAAUCACUACCGCCGAUAGGGGCCAGGGAUCUGCCUCUGCUCCCCAUCAUGCUGGCCUGAUCCCAAUCACUGUGGCAAUGCAUCACCCGAGUCCUCGGAGCCACUGACCAGGAGCCACUCUGCUGUAAAAAGCUCACAUUGGACCUCUGUCUUAACUUUUGUGUGUGCCUGCCUACCACUCUGUGCGUGGAUGUGCCACUCAAACUACCAUUUGUGUCCUGUGCUGUGACGGUGACCUGAGCCCAGGGUGCAGGGUGAGCGGGCCGGGGCUGUAAGAAUAAACUGAGCCUCUGACUGCCUUUCCAAGCUCCAGCGUGGGUCAUCUAAGCCUUGCAGCCUCUUGUUAACCCGCCUAAGCACAGACACACUCACACACUCCCAGCUGGGCCUGUGUUCUUCUUCUUCUUCAGAUGCUGUUCAAUCAAAGUCCCCAAUGAAGAUGCCUUACAAAGAGUCCUGCCCAGGGGAUGGCAGUGCCGUUGGACACAAGAAGCUCUCAGGGCUUAGCUUCACUCCACGUGUCUGAAGAAGUGCACCAUUUCAAAAGGUUAACAAGAGACACACACACACACACACUCGUGUUACACUCCACUCCUGCGCAAUCGCGCCUCUCUGCAUACGGGGGUUCGUAUGUGUUCAAAGGCUGUCUUGUCCACGCACAGUUGGGAAUGACACAAGUGAUAGGACGCCUCCUGUGAUUGACUUGAUUGAUUGACUUGAUUGAUUGAUUGAUUGAUUGAUUGACUGACUGAUCUACUGUGUGUGUGUUGAACCGGAGGGCGUAAGGGUGGGGGAGCUGUGCUUCGAAAAGGAAAUCCUUUCUGUGACAAUGACAUUCCUCCAAGGCAUUAUGUGUAUAUUGUGUUCUUGUGUAUAUGGGUAAAAGAUGUACAAUAUAAGUCUUCUGUUUGUAGCAGAUAUGAUUUUAUAUUUAUAAUGUGCGUCCCAAGCGUAUAAAGGCUGCCUAGGUUGCAAAUAGCAGUGGGCCUGCUGCUCCCCCCCCCGAUCACCAGGGUGUCAGAGCUAGCUCAUUUCCACCCCCAACCCCCGAUAAUGCACAUUUUGUUUCUGUCCAGAAAACGUGACUCCAAAGCGAAGCAGCAUUGCAUGACCUCCAGUGCCAAGGAAGUAAAGGGUUUGAAGAGAGAGGCACGUUCUGCUGGAACAGGCACUUUGGACCAGGUGGAAGUUGACCUGAAGGGCACCCACCUUACCCCCUCCACACUCCAGCAUGCCCUUAUAACAAGCAUGGCAGCUCUCUGCGCUCAAGUAGUGCAGCAGCAGAGACAAUUCUUGCACAUUGCUGUAGUGAGGAAAAGGGUCCUCCCCAGCACCUCCUGGCUUUCCUUCUUCCAGCUCUAGAGAGAAUCUAGUCCUUUGCUUGAGCAGCGGGGAAGAUGGGCGUCUUGCUGCAAGGAUUCUGAACUGUUCCGAGGAGGUAGGAGAUGGCUUCUCUCUUAAUCUCCCUUCCUCUGUCUCAAUGUGAUUUUCAUUGGGAAAAUGGAGAAUGUUUUUCAUUUUAAACGUUUCUUUCAGCCAGCAGGCGCAGCCUCAUUAGUGCCAAGCCUUGACCUCUCAGGGCAGAUCUGCUCCCUUCGGCUGAGGUCCUCCUUGCAUUGGGCCAACCUUUGCUGUUCAUCUCAUCAGGCUUCAGACUGCGCCCACCUCUGUUUGUUUUGUUUUGUUUUUUCCUCCUGGGGCCGAGAAAGAGAAGCCAUCCAGUGAAGGCACCACGAGGCAUGAGAAGGGUGAGGGCCUUCCCACCAUUCAAACACCCAGCAGUGUCUCUCAAGUUGCUUUCCUCACCUGGAAUUGUUUUCUCAGGCAUUCUGAUUUGAUUUUUUUCUUUUGUGUGUGUGCCUUUUGUUGUUUCCUCCGAGACAGCGACCUGGUGGUCAUUAGUUUAACAUGACUAAUUAAAAGAGAAAACCAUCCCUUGUUGCUGAUCUUUAUUCUUGGUGGGUUUGUGGAUCAGGAGCGAUGAGGCUUUUGAAGACUUCCUCGCAUUCCUGAAUCAAUCUCCCAUUGCUUUCCUCUUUCUUUUUGAGAGGUUCCAGUCUAAUUCUGCCCUUUCUUCUGAAGCAGGAAUUCCCGAAUUUAUAAUGCUUAGUUCUAUCGCCUUUUAGAACAUGGGUAGGCAAACUAAGGCCCGGGAGCCGGAUCGGGCCCAAUCGCCUUUUCAAUCCGGCCCGCAGACGGUCCAGGAAUCAGCAUGAGUGGAAUGUGUGCUUUUAUUUAAAAUGCAUCUCUGGGUUAUUUGUGGGGCAUAGGAAUUCGUUCAUUCUUUUUUUAAAAAAAAUAUAGACUGGCCUCCCACAAGGUCUGAGGGAUAGUGGACCGGCCCCCUGCAGAAAAAGUUUGCUGACCCCUGUUAUGGAAUUACCACUUUGAGCUCAAAUUCUGGGCACUCCAAAAGCAGUCUGGAUGUGGGGCAUCAUUAGGGAGAGAAUUGCGAGGAGAGUAGAAAUUCAAACUGCCUUCCCUCAUUGGGUGUCUUGCGCAGGCGAUUUGUAUGAAGUCUGGUUUCUCUGUCUUUGCAUUAGGUCAGCAUAAAUUAUGCCAAUGAGGUGGGUAUGUUGCAGAGAAGUACUCAGUAUAGCCUGGGGCUUUCCAAGAGUGUGAUCUGACACCUCCCAGAGCCAGUCGGCUUGGUCUUCUCAAGUGAUCCUGGACCAGAGCCUAGUUUCAAUAAUGUUGCAGCAGCAAAAGGCCAACUGGCUCCUCAGGCAGGUCUGAGGCGUUAAUGCAGCACGUAAAAGUGUUCUUACUAAAGACAGUUCUGGGGCACUGGAGGCCUGGCUGCGGCCUCAUUCAAUAGGGUCUCCAAAGGGCACCUGAUGGGAAGGAUGAAUCCACUGGUGGGUUGCCUCUUAAGCGUAGCCACCGGUUCAUUUCACCAUGGAUUUCCUUGCUCAGAAUAGCAGUUCCCAUGGAUCUCAUUCAGGGUCAGAGAUGACACAAAGUAUGAUUCAGCCAAACAAGAGAUCUAAACAUUGUUGAACGGAUGAACCAGGCAAAUCAUUGUUACACUACGGCAAGCCCUUCUGCUUCAUCACUGUUUAAAAGCCCAAAAGGCAUUGGUUUCCUCUUUUGCCCAAGAGGUCUAUUCUGAGGAGUUCACAGCUAGAAUUGGCCAUCCUUCCAUUUUACAUGUGUGCUGGGGCCGGGCACAGCAGGUCACUCAAACUUUCUCUCCCCCACCCUAAGUUAAUUACUAUUAAAAUAAAAAGUUCAGUGGAGUGGAACAAACAUAAUUACUUUUUGGAAGCCUAAUUAUCUGCAUUUAUUGCCAGUGCUUUGUUGUAAUUGAUUGCUAAUGGUCUGCUUCACUCUGGAAUUAUCUAAUUAAUACCCCCACAAAAAAAAUCAGGCUCCACUUUGAAAUGGCUCCCCCCCCCCCCCGGCAGUCCUGAUUGCAAUUGUCGCUGUUUGGGUGCCUCUGUUGGGAUCUUUUUGUGUAUACCUGGAUGUAUCCUUGGAGUGUUCUGAGUUUGCAGGCUUGAUUGCCUUGCCAGCCUAAUGGUUGUGUGUUCUAUUUUCUCCUCCAAAGCAGAUCCUUCUCACUUUCAACCCAUUUCAUUCCAUAUCUGUGUCAUCAGUCUGCUCUUAUCUUUCGUCUCACAAACUGCAUUGUCUGGCGAUGGUUGCCUACUCUCCUCUUUUAGCCUAUCACUCUUUGGUUCCACCUUUAAGGUUGGACUUCCCAAGCAUUCAGCUUUGCUGUUCGAGGAAAAAGGAAUUAGGUGCGCUGCUGUUCACCUACUGAAUUUCACCUAAACUGUGACCCUCCCCCAGGCACUACCAAGUCUGCCAGCUAUGGGUAGUUCACAUGUUUAUGUAACUUGAUUCUUCAUCCCUCAAUGUGCAGCUGAAUCUGUGAGCUGACGCCGUUGUGUUUGAGCAACGAUGUGAAUCUGGUUGGCAGCAUCUGUGCUCAUCCAUCUUUUCAAGUUUCCACUUGAUGCUGCAGUUGUCAAGUGUUGGUCAUGCAUGUGGGAGAAAAGGGCCCACUGGAUUCUGAGAAAUCCCUUCCUCCGGAGUAGCAAACCAUUUAAUCUGAAAAAUGUGUGGGUGCUUUUCGUCCCUUUUGUCUUACUACAGAGACAGCUAUUCUGGGAAAUAACUAAGAAGUUGCUUUCCCUCCAGAAUAAUCUUUUCCACAUUGAGCCUAGAAAGGAACACUCUGUAACUUGGAGGAGAACACUGUGUAACUCGAAAGCUUGCUCACCACAUUGUGAACUCUGGUUGAUCCUAAAAAUAUAUAUAGAACUUUCAUUAGGAGUGUUCCAUCUAAACCAGGGGUCAGCAACCUUUUUCAGCCGUGGGCUGACUAUGUGGUG